AUGUCUUCCGAAGAAAAGAACAUCACCCAAACUUCAGGCUUCGAGGUUGAUCCCGAAGACACUCAAUACGCAUCGCAAGCCCGUUUCCUUGGGACCAUAGACGCGGCAAGAGUCAGCUUGACGGCUGUGGCUCUGCUUGCAGGCAUCACCAUCCUCGGCGUAUCAGCAGAUGCUCUUGCAGUCUAUGAUGCGACCCACGUACCCGCCAGCUACCUGCUCCCGCUCUGGCCGGAUGCCUUUGACCUGAGGCCCACGGUGGCUCUUGUGGUUGGCAGCUCCAUUGUCAUUGUUGCCAACAUUGUUUCGCUGCUUUUCAGCCGGGUCCAGUCUCUGCGUGGGCGAGCCCUCAUCCACAACUCACUAAGCGUCGCCGCUCCAGCAGUCGGACUUGUGGCUGCAGUGGUCGCCAUGUCGGUCUUCUACAGCAUCAACGCCUCGACAACUGUGGACACGCUCCAGAGCUGGAGCUGCCGAUGGUCUGACGUGGUGAUGGUGACGCGGCCUCACUUUGGCACUCUUUGCAAGCAGAGCAAGGCCGGACUGUACAUGUCCAUCCUCCUGAUCCCAAUCGAAGCCAUUACUCUGGGAGCUGGGGCGUAUCAGAUGGUACUCGAGAGGAACAUCAGCAGGGCCAGCGGUGUAGUUCAAGGACGCCGCAAGUCCGGCAGCCCCGUUCCUUCGUCAGUCACCGCCAGAGAUAUUGAGGGAGAGGCUCACUAG